AUGACUGGCUCCAGCUCCAAGUCCAAGUCGCACAUCGUUGCGAGGAUGCAGGCCAAGGGCCCCUUCUCAGUGCCGAGCCCUGGCGCUGAGAAGGUGGACGGCGAGACGACCCCCCGCCGACACCCCAAGGCCGUGCCUGAGCUUCUCACCAAGCCCGGCGGCACCGUCGACACCAUCUACGAGCUUGUCAAGCAGAGCGCCGCCAAGUUCGGCAAUGCCCGGUGUAUCGGGUCUCGCAAGCUCGUCGACACGCACAUCGAUACCAAGAUGGUCAAGAAGAUUGUCGACGGCGAGGAGCGCGAGGUUGAGAAGAAGUGGACCUACUUCGAGCUCAGCCCUUACACCUACAUAUCGUACACCGAGUACGAGGCCCUCACCCUCCAGGUCGGCUCUGGUCUGCGCAAGCUCGGUCUCGUCAAGGGCGACCGCCUUCGAGGAGCUUCCGCAGCUCGGCGAGACAACGUGGCUGAGCCUGUCCCUCCACCACCGAGGACCUCUGCUGCAUCAUGUACACCUCCGGCUCCACCGGCACCCCCAAGGGUGUUCCCCCUGCUCCACCGCCAGGUCUGCGCUGCUAUUGCUGGCGUUUCUGUUGUCGUAGGCCCUCACAUUGGGCCUGGUGAUGGUCUCCUGACCUACCUCCCUCUGGCGCAUAUUCUGGAGUAUGUGUUCGAGAACGGCGCCCUCUUCUGGGGUGCUGUCCUGGGUUACGGCAACCCCAAGACCCUGUCCGACAAUUCUGUUCGCAACUGCUCCGGUGACAUCCGCGAGUUCAAGCCCUCUGUCAUGGUCGGCGUUCCCGCUGUCUGGGAGACGGUCAAGAAGGGCAUCAUCAACAAGGUCAACGCUGGAAGCCCGGUCGUCAAGUCUCUCUUCUGGAACUCUCUGUCCCUGAAGGCGAGCCUCCUGGCAUCCGGUCUUCCCGGCACCGGUGUUCUCGAUUCGGUGGUCUUCAAGAAGCUCAAGGAGGCCACCGGCGGACGCCUGAAGCUUUGCAUGUCUGGUGGUGGCCCGAUCGCCAAGGAGACCCAGCACUUCAUCUCCAUGGCCAUUGCGCCCAUGAUUAUCGGAUAUGGUCUCACCGAGACCACGGCCAUGGGCUGCCUGAUGAACCCUCUCGAAUGGAACACCAACAACAUGGGUGCCAUGCCUGCGAGCAUUGAGAUCAAGCUCGUCGACUUUGCCGAUGCGGGUUACUUCGCCACCAACAAGCCCAACCCCCAGGGCGAGGUCUGGAUCCGCGGCCCCUCGGUGCUCAAGGAGUACUAUGACAACCCCAAGGAGACGGCUGAGGCCAUCACUCCGGACGGCUGGUUCAAGACGGGCGACAUCGGCGAGUUUGACAGCCAGGGCCACCUGAAGCUCAUCGACCGCAAGAAGAACCUGGUCAAGACGCUCAACGGCGAGUAUAUUGCUCUCGAGAAGCUGGAGUCCAUCUACCGCGCCUCCUCGGUCGUCCAGAACAUUUGCGUCUACGCCGAGCCCACCAAGGCCAAGCCCAUUGCCAUCAUCGUGCCCGCCGAGCCCGCCCUGAUCCAGCUGGCCCAGUCCAUUGGUGUCCAGGGCAACUCGCUCGAGGAGCUCGUCGGCGACAAGAAGCUCAACGCGGCCGUCCUGCGCGAGUGGCAGAACGCCGGCCGCACAGGCGGUCUGUCCGGUAUCGAAAUUGUCGAGGGUGUCGUCCUGUCCGAUGAGGAGUGGACACCUCCAGAACGUAAUCUACAACCCUCCGCCUCCUCAAUCUCCCCCGAGCACGGUUACACCACGGCCGCCCAGAAGCUCCAGCGCAAGAAGAUCCUCGACAAGUUCAAGUCCCAGGUCGCCCAGGCUUACGGCUCGACGAGCUAG